AUGGGUGGUGGUCAUGCUGCAGCUACGCUGGAAGCCACUCUCGGCGACAAUGACCAAGAAGCGAGAAAGAAAGGCCAGAUCAUGGACUGGAUCUAUCAGGACAAAGGGUUACAGGACUUCCUCGGCGCACCUCCGGAGACAUACGAUCUCGAAGACCUCCCUAGACAAGUUCUUGAGAAACUUCGAACAUUCUACGCUGCCGAAAUCCUGGCAUCUGGUGAGCCUUUGAACAGAUUGGCGGCUCUUUCCGGACCUAAAAACGCUCAGCCGGAUCUUGUUAUGCACUGCCAGUCGAAAGAGGGCGAAAUACGCGAAUCCUGGGAUAUCGAAAGUCGUAGCAUCCAGACAUUAGCUGCAAAAGGUCUUAGCAUAGAUUUCAUGUUCGGCUUUGAUUGGAUGGCGAGGGGAGACUUCUGCGCGUGGAAGGGGCCCCUGCUCAGCUACGAAAUAGACUAA